UACAAGCUGAACUUUCUCUGACAUUCAAAAGAUAAGUUACCAUGAAGGCCCUGAUAUUCCUGGCUCUGCUUGGAGCAGCGUUUGCUGCUGAGGAGGAGAAGGUUGUCGGCGGGUACGAGUGUCCCAGAAACUCGGUUCCCUACCAGGUGUCUCUGAACGCUGGAUACCACUUCUGCGGAGGAUCCCUCAUCUCCAGCCAGUGGGUGGUGUCUGCUGCUCACUGCUACAAGUCUCGUAUCCAGGUCCGCCUUGGCGAGCACGACAUCGCUGCGAACGAGGGCAUGGAGCAGUGGAUCGAUGGAGUCAAGAUGAUCAAGCACCCACAGUACAACAGCUACAACCUGGACAACGACAUCAUGCUGAUCAAACUGAGCCGUCCCGCCACCCUCAACAGCAACGUCCAGACUGUGGCCCUGCCCAACCGCUGCUCCCAGGCCGACGAGAACUGCAUGGUGUCCGGCUGGGGCAACCUCUCCGCCAACGGAAACGACUUCCCUGACAGGCUGCAGUGUCUGAGGCAGCCCAUCAUCGAUGACAGGAUCUGCAAGAACGCUUACCCCCACCUCCUCACCGACAACAUGCUUUGCUCCGGAUUCAUGAGCGGAGGUGCCAGCAGCUGCCAAGGAGACUCUGGUGGUCCUCUGGUGUGUAACGGUCAGCUGCAGGGGGUCGUGUCCUGGGGUUAUGACUGCGCCAUGCAGGGACAUCCCAGCGUCUACGCCCGAGUGUGCCGCUACAACAGCUGGAUCAGCAGCACCAUGUCCAGCAACUAAACACACAGUCGCCCAUACAUCCACAUGCAAGCUGACUUUGUAACACCAUACUGUUGUUAUAUUUGUAUUUUUUUCAUAUAAAUCUUAUGAAUCACAUGUUAAGGCAUGAUAUUCAAAAGAAUCGGACAAAUAAAAAAUAUUUCAUUAGCAUU